AUGAUUUCAACGCGGUCGGUGGGAGCACGUGUGCGUUCCAGCAACCACCAUUGGCGGCACCUGGCAGCCUGUGCCCGCGUUGCAGCCACGGCGCGGCGGCAAGUGGUGGCGCGCGCGUCCGCCAGCACUGACCGGCUGCAGCGGGUGCUGUCAGACAUCGAUUCGAUCAACUCCCAGGACCCACGCAAGACCACGUGGCAGGGGGAGGAGCUUCCGUACGAGCUGGCGUACUCCCGAUGGCUCAGCGAAUGGGUGGCGCGGCUGCAGCCCUCGCCAUCCGACGAGCUGCUGAUCGUGGCGCGCGGGCAGCACGUGGCGCGCUGGAAGUCCCCGCGCGACACCUACCCGGAGGGCCGCGCCGGCUACCUUAAGUGGCGCGCGGACCUGAAGCGCGCCCACGCCGACACUGUGGCCGGCCUCAUGGCCGAGGCCGGGUACCCAGAGGCCGCCGUGUCGCGUGUGAAGCGCAUGAUCAACAAGCUGGACCUCAUGACAGACGAGGAGAACCAGGUUGUCGAGGACGCGCUCUGCCUGGUGUUCCUGGAGCACCAGUUUGCCGAGCUUCUGGAGAAGGAGGGGGCAGACAAGGCACGUGCCGGGGCAGGGGAGGGUAGAAGAGAAAGGGAGGGGUGGGCACCACAGCAAACCCAGCAGCGCAUGGUGGACAUUGUGCGCAAGACCUGGGGCAAGAUGGGGGAGAAGGGCCGCGCCGCCGCGCUCAAGCUCGCGCUGUCGCCGGCAGAGGCGGACGUGGUGCAGCGCGCCCUGAGCGGUUAG